GGAAACGUUCACCUCACAGCGCUGAAAUAGGUUUCAUCCACGUGUCCCGGAAGUUCUCUGGGCUUUUGGUGACGCUGCAUUAGGCGACAUGGCUCAGCUCUGCUACUUCGGCCUCUUGAUCCUGUCUCUGGUUCUUGGGACCCAGACUCUUAACCCGACUCAUCACCUGACCGCCAGUGAUGUGGCCAGACUGCAGGCUGCACUGAGCCAGCCCUUCACUGACCUCGAAUCUGUUUAUUACUCUGUUGUUGGACUGAGCAAGUUAGGAAUCUUUGUUGCUGAUGCAGAUGAGACAUGCAAGUUUAUCAAGUCCAAUCUGGACACCUCCAGCAUUGAGUCUCUGUUUUAUGCAGCGGAAGCCAGUCAAGUUCUGUCCGGAUGCGAGAUCCCGGUGUCGAACGAGACUCGUGAUUUGCUGUUGGCUGCCGUGAGCGAAGACUCCACAGCGUCUCAGAUCCAUCAGUCUGUGAGCACUCUCAGCUCUCUUGGACUGCCUCUGGCCUCACAGGAAGUGGUCAGUGCCCUGAAAGCUCGCAUCUCCAAAGAGGACAACGUCUUUGCAAUCAUUCUGGCUCUGCAGACCGCAUCUCGUCUCUCUCAGCAAGCUGAACUCGGGGAUAUCCUGGAGGAGAUCGAGGAUCUAGCUGCACGUUUGGAUGAACUGGGUGGAGUGUAUCUUCAGUUUGAGGAGGGUGUGGAGGCCACAGCACUGUUUGUGUCCUCUGCCUACGCUCUGUCUGAUCAUGUGGACAUGGAGCCUCCACUGAAAGAGGAUCAGGUAAUCCAGCUGGUGAACUCCAUCUUCAGUAAAAAGUCAUGGGACUCUCUGUCAGAGGCGUUCAGCGUGGCCAGUGCGGCUGCGGCACUUUCCAACAAUCGUUUCCAUGUGCCUGUUAUUGUCAGCACUCGGGGCCCUGCUGCAGUUUCCCACAGCCAGCCCCUCCUUCAGCUUCAUGUGACAGAUGUUCUGUGUCAGCCACUCACUUCAGCCACUGUUCUGGUGGAGUCUGCCACUGCUGUGUCCUCAAAAUCUGCCAUCCUGAGCCAGGCACCAUUCAGCCUUAAAGAUGGAGUUUUUGAGCUGAAUUUCAUGGCCAGCAAGCCAGCAAGUGGCUACUACCAGUUUUCUGUUGCCGUCACCGGUGACAGCCGAUUUGUCGCCAACCACGUUGAGCUCAAAGUGAAAGUCUCUACCAGGGUCGCCAUCAACAACAUGGACUUGUCUGUGGUAGAUAAGGACCAGAGCAUUGGCCCCAAAACCAGCAGGGUGGAAUAUCCAAGUAAAGCCAAGGCAUCCUUUAUGGCCGACAGCCAUCAGAACUUUGCCAUGACAUUCCAGCUGAUCGAUGAGACCACAGGAGUGGAACUCACCCCUCACCAGACUUUUGUGAGGUUACACAACCAGAAAACAGGUCAGGAGGUGGUGUUUGUGGCUGAGCACGACAGCAAAAACUUGUACAAGUUUGAGCUGGACACGGCCGUGACUAAGACCGAGUUUGACUCCAUCUCAGGCACCUACGCUCUCUACUUGAUGGUGGGAGAUGCUACGUUGGAGAACCCCAUCUUAUGGCAUGUGGCUGAUGUGUUGCUCAAGUUUCUGGAGGAAGAGGCACCUUCAACAAUUCAGACCAAAAAUGUAUAUACACACAAACCAGAAAUCCAGCAUCUGUUCAGGGAGCCAGAGAAGAAACCACCCACCGUCGUGUCCAAUGCAUUCACCGCCCUGGUUCUUUCUCCAUUCCUUCUCCUGCUCAUACUGUGGUUUAAACUGGGAGCAAAUAUCUCAAACUUUACCCUGUCGCCAAGCACUAUUCUCUUCCAUAUUGGCCAUGCAGCUAUAUUGGGUCUGAUGUACGUGUACUGGACUCACUUAAACAUGUUCCAGACUCUGAAGUAUCUGGCUAUCAUUGGCAGCCUCACAUUCCUGGCUGGGAACCGUAUGCUGGCACAAAAAGCUGUGAAAAGACUCGAGGGAAAAUAAUGUUGGAGGAAUCAUCUGAAGAAGACCAUGGAUGCUUCAUAUUCAUGUCUUUAUUUAAGAAUUGGGGAAGUAUUGGUGGAGGUUAAAAAGUGAAAGAAGACUCUUCUGAAUAAGUUUCAAAAACACAGCUUGACAUCAAAUGAUUUAUUUAGGAACAUGCAGUUUUAUUUUUCCAAUCUGUUUAUUUGAAAACUGAAUGCACUGUAAGAAAUUUGCUACAUUGGGGGAUAAAAUGAAUGUUGCUUGUACAGUAACUUGUGUUUGAUGGUCUGUGGUGUUCAUCCACUGUUUUGGGGUGGGGGUAUUUUUAAAGCAAAUUCCUGUCCCCUCAUUUUUUGUAAUGCAUAAGCAUGUUCCUGUUGGAGUUUCUUUUUCACCUUUUUUAUCACAACGUCCAGACAAGGAUGUUUAUUUGUCUUUACAAGAACAGAUUUGGAAUCAUUCUUCCAGUCAUCACAACACAGAUGGCUAAUUCAAUGUUUUUUUAAUGAAAGAAAUAAACAAGGAAAACACGG